AUGGCUGCUUCAUCAAAUGUUGUGUCUUCGACUAAUGGUUAUAAUAAAUCUUGGCGAUUUCCAACGGCAAAUCGCAAACCUUUCAUGUGCACUGAAUGUCAUAAAAAUUUUCGAAGAGCAGAAGAGCUAUAUGAGCAUACCGAAUAUUGCGUUCUAGAGGCUUUUGAAAAUGAAGUUGAUAGCGCUUUCGCUGAUAUGCCAUUUCUAAGAGAUGCAAGGCCGACAUUAUUAACACAAUCAGGAAUUUCAAUCAAAGUACAGCCUUUAAGCACAAUCGUAGAAGUUGGAAACUCAAGAACAGUUGAAAAUUCGGAUGGUUUGAAAUUGGUAAUAUCGGUUGAAAAAUCUGUUAAUCACAGCAAUGAGUUGCUGAAUGAUGGUAAUGUAGAGACGACAUCGGAUUAUAUUGAAGAGGAUGUUGCUUUACCUGAUUCGCUUAUAUUCUCGACUAUAGAGCCGAAUUCCAAUGGUAAAGUGAUUGGAGCGUUAGCAAACGCUGAUGAUGAUUUAUAUCGUCCCAAAAUGGAAUGUCCUACAUGUGGUCUUGUUCUUUAUCGUCAUAAUUUUAGUACGCAUUAUCGUAUACACACUGGCGAAUUGCCUUUUGAGUGUAAUUAUUGUACAAAGCGAUUUAGAACUACAUCUGCUCUUAAAGUUCAUUUGAGGGCGCAUACUGGUGAAAAACCUUAUAUAUGUCCAAAAUGCAACUAUUCAUGUACCACUAAACGCAAUCUCGAUCGGCAUAUAAUAAAUAAUCACAUUCGAGAAGGCGAAAGGCGUGGACCACGUCAGCGAAAAUCUCGUUAUCGUAAUGAUAGUGAUGAAGAAUAUUUUUUGGCUAAUGGAACAACAGUUGAGGAAUGUGAGAAUAUUGAUCACCGUUAUAUCAUCUUACCUAAUCAUGAAGUAAUUUUUCAAUUUUAA